AUGGAUCGACCUACAGAAGAAGCUGCUAUGAUUCAAAAAUCAAUAGAAAAAUGCUUUACAUUAUAUUUGACAAGAGCAGAAAUUAUGUUGGCAUUACAAAAUCAAUUUAAUGUUAAUCCAGAAUUUUCAGAGAAUUUAUUAAACAAUGUUGAACAUAAUAAUCCAGAUUUUUUUAAAGUUUAUUAUCAAAGAUUAAGAAUAAAACAACAAAUUCAAGAUUUUAAUAGGCUCUCAAGUUUAAUUAUAAAGAAUUCAAAUGGGGCUUUGUUCAAUACAACAUCAAAAAUAUCAACCUCAAAUAAUAUGAGUAUGUCAUUAAACAUUGAUACAGAUUUCUCUUCAUUACAAAACUAUGUAUCAUCACCUAUACAAGAUACAUCAACACUUGAUAUGAGUGUUGCCUCAUCAACUAAUAGUGCCACAACAUCAACUCCAUCAUCAAAUACUUCAGACCCACUUUUUACAACUUUACCUGCUACCAAUAUGAAUACACCUACUGAUAAUAAUGGAUUAACAAAUCAUGAUAUAUUACAAAAUCUAAUGGCACAACUUCAACAAAAUAACAAUGAUAAAACCUCAUUUGCCUCUCUUACAAACAAUACACUAUCUUUAAAUACAAAUACCCUCAAUUUAAAUAAUAUAAACAAUAUAAAUAAUAUAAAUAAAAUAGGGGGUGACAACAAUGUAAACAAUAUUAACUCAGCAACAAAAACUACAACUACAACAACCAAUAUAGGAACAGCCUCUAACAAUUCUACAGCAAUAGCGAACCAAGUUGAGGAAACAUCAUAUAUUUCCACAACUACACAAAACUCUUCAAACCCAACAACAGAAUAUUUAAUAUAUGAUACCACAACAAGCAAUAGUACUAGCAACACCAACUCCGAUACAUCCUCAACAAACAACAAUAACAACAUUAAUAAUAAUUCAUCACCAACUACAUUUGCAAGCUUUAUGGACCAUAUACCUAAUUUAAACAAUAUGGAUAUAAAUUUUAAUUUUACCCACUCAUCAAACAAAAUUCCAAUCCCAAGUUUAAAUCAAAGUUGUGAUUUCGAUUCAUUUUUAAAUUUAAAACAAGAAUAA